AAAAAAAUUAUAAUUGUAAACAAAUUGUCACAAAGUGGUCACAUCAUUACAAACAUAUGAUCAUAAUAUUUAGUGAUAGAUAUUACAUGAAUGUAUAGUAUUUCAUAAAAAUUUAAUAAAUUCGAACAAAUUUUUUUUCAUUAUUUCACUCAUUAAAUCAUUUUUGUAAUAUUCUGAAAAAACUUCAGACGACUAAUUUAAUCAACAGUUUAUUUUGCAAUUAUGUCCACUUUUAGUAAAGAAUGGUGGAUUAAGUUUUUUUUGGAAGCUGGAAUUCCUGCUUUUGCAUCUACUAAAUAUGCAGCUAUAUUUUUUGAAAAUAGAAUACAAUCCAACAUGUUAAUGGACUUGGAUAAAGAUAUUCUAAAAGAAAUGGGAAUAACUGUUAUUGGAGAUAUUAUAGCUAUUCUUAAACAUGCUAAGGAUGUUUACAGAGAGGGAUUUUAUGGAAAUAGUGGAAAUGAAGUAUCUACACAAAAAAAUAGUUCUUCUAUAAAUAAUGAAACUGCUCCCCCCAAAAAAAAAAUAGUUGCUAAUAAAAUUAAAAAGAUUGUUGUUAGAAAAGUUAAAGUUUCUAGUGAAAGUGAAGUUGAAGAAGAAUUGCCUGUAUCUAAAAUUAUUAAGAAAAAAGUUCUACCUCAACAAACUCAACAUAACACUAAAAUAAUAACAAGAAAAAUUAUUACAAAACCAAAAACUAUUGUAAAAACAAAAGCAGGAGUCAUAGAAAGUGAUGAUGACAAUUGUGUUCCAACUAGUGAAAUAAAAACAAAAAGUUCAGUUUUUGAUCGUUUAGGAGUUGGUGAUGUUAGUAGUACUACUCCGAAUAUUGAUAGUGGAGUUAAUUCUGAUUCUAAAAAGACAUCUGUGUUUCAGCGACUUGGAAAAAAACACAACAAUGAACAUACAGUAGUACAGAUGAAACGUUCUUUACCAUCUGAUGCACAUUAUGGACCUAUUAUUCCUUCUGAAGAAAGUAGUGCAUUUACCAAAAGAAUAAGGAAUGAAGUACUAAAUUCUAAUUCAUCAAAAUCUGUUUUUGAGCGGAUAGGUGCCUCAUGUGAUAUUGAAAAAAAAAGUCCUGGUCUUGUUUCAAAAAGUGCUUUACUAAGAAAUGUUAAUAAUCAUGAUGCCGGACAACCAAUUCAUGUUAAUCCAAAGGUAUUAAAUGUAAAGAAGCUGAGUCUAUUAAAUCGUUCACAUUUCAGAAGCUCAGAUUUAGGUUCAGAUAAAUAUGGCCUUUAAUUAAACAUUAACUUACAUUUUGCUAGACAAUACUAUUUAAUAAUUUUUAACUGUUCAUAAAAAAAUUAUAAAUUUUAAUAAAAUUAAAUUAAAAAAUAACUAAUUUGAUAUUGCUGGCCAUACUUCUUGUAAAGUUUAACAUUGUGUAUUCUUUUUCUGCUUUUUUUAUGUUACUUAAUUAUUUCAAUUCUUAGUCUAUAUCUGACAUUAUUUGAUUAUUAACUACAUUUUAAUAAUAAUUUUUUUUUUAUUUGUAUAAUUUAAUAAUUUGUUACAGUAAUUGACAUUUUGACUAACACUAAAAUAUUUCUUGUCAAACUUCAUCAUUAAAUAACACUCUUAAAAUAAAAACGUUUCAAAAUUAAUAGUAAUAAUAUUUUUACAUUGCUUAAAUUUUUUCAUUACCUAUUAAUACUUCAUGAUAUUUUAAUAUAAUCACACUUAUGAGGUGCACAAUUAAGGUCUUUGGUUCUAUAGAGAUAUGUAUUGUCUUAUCAGUAACAUUAGUAAAUAGUUAAAGGGUAUUUGCAGUGUCGUACUUAGCUUUUUCUUAUGGGAGGGGACAAAAUGUAUUUAUGUGUCUUAUAAAAGAAAUUAAUGGUUUACAAAAGAUUUAUACAUAAAAAAAUUGUUUACUAUCUUCACUGAAUUCUAUCUUUUAUACAUAAUUAUUUUUGUGAUGAGAAUUCCUCCUCAGAGUAUAUCCUUGAGAGAAUGUAGAACCUCACAUCAAAUAUCAAUAAAUAAUAACAGUUGUCGUUUGAACCAGAAAAAUGAAAUAAUAACACAAAAGGGGGUCAUCAAUGGAUCAUAAAUUUUGACUAAAUUAAACCAAAACUAUGUUUUGACCAAACUUUUAUAAACGGCUAUUAAAUAUCAUUUUAGUGUAACCAGAAUAAUAAUAAUUUAUUUUGUUAAUAAGUAUUAUCAUAAUAUUAUUUUUAAUUAACUAUGUAAUUAAGAAAAAAAAUAAAAACAAAAUAUUCACAUAUAAUUAUAAUGCUUACAUGAUACCCCAAUUCCAGGGGCAUAUUUAAAAAUUUAUAAUGGGAUGGCACAAAAGUUUUUUCACAAAUAAAAUUUAGAUGACCCUUUUUUUACUCAUAACUUUUUUGUUAAGGUACAUAAAAAUUUGAAAAAGGUACACAAAAAAUUUCACAUAUAUAAUAUAUGUU